AUGGAUCCGUUCUUUCACACCCAGGCUGGGGACCUCCUUUACAUGAGGAAGCUGGUCAAUGAUUCAUCCCUGUGGAACCUGAGCUUGGGUGACUGGUUCCACAACAGGACCACGGACAGCUUCCUGCCCGUUGGCAUCAAAGUCACCAUUGUGUUCGUCUACUCCAUCGUCUGCAUCAUCGGGCUGGUGGGCAACUGCUCCGUCAUGUAUGUGAUCAUCAGGUUCACCAAGAUGAAGACUGCCACCAACAUUUACAUCUUUAACCUGGCCCUGGCUGACACCUUGUGCCUGAUCACCUUGCCUUUCCAAGGCACAGACACCUUCUUGGGGUCCUGGCCCUUUGGGAACGCCCUCUGCAAGAUUGCCAUCUCCAUUGACUACUACAACAUGUUCACCAGCACCUUCACCCUGACCAUGAUGAGUGUCGACCGCUACAUUGCCAUCUGCCACCCCAUCAAAGCCCUGGACAUCCGCACCCCCCACAAGGCGAAAGUCAUCAACGUUUGCAUCUGGGCCUUGGCCUCUGUCUUUGGUAUCCCCGCGAUGGUGAUGGGAUCAACCGAGGAUGAGAAUGACGAAAUCGAUUGCCUAAUUAGACUCCCCGAACCUGUGGAUUACUGGGAUCCAAUAUUUGGCAUCUGCAUCUUCCUCUUCUCCUUCAUGAUCCCUGUCAUGGUCAUCACCAUUUGCUACAGCCUCAUGAUCCGGCGGCUGAGGAAUGUCCGCGUUCUCUCUGGAUCCAAGGAGAAGGACCGAAAUCUCCGUCGAAUUGCGCGCCUGGUUCUUGUAGUGGUGGCCGUCUUCAUCAUCUGCUGGACCCCUGUCCACAUCUUCGUCCUGGUCCGGUGCCUCGGGGCGAAGGCUGACAAUGAGAUCAGCCUCGCCAUUCUGUAUUUUUGCACAGCACUGGGUUAUACUAACAGCUGCUUAAACCCCGUCCUCUAUGCUUUCUUGGACGAGAACUUUAAGACCUGUUUCAAGAAAUUCUGCUUCCCUUCUGCCUUUCGCAAAGAGCUGCAGAUGUCCAACCGGAUGUGCAGCAUCGCCAAAGAUGUGGCUUACGCUUGCAAGAAUUCAGACGGGACUAACAACCCGGCAUGA